UCCUCACUUCCCCGGGCUGCCUGGUGCCUCCCUGGGGAGACGGGGCUGCGCAGGUUGGCUGGGGUGGCCGUGAGCCCCGUCUUUUCCGAAAUGCCCCAGUGCCAGCCCCACCUCCUUGGGUUUUGACUGCAGAGCCCUCAGGACUGCCCGCAGAUCCUGCCCUCAGCCCUGGCUCCCAUGCCCACGGGCAGCUCCCAGAGCAUCCCGGUGCAUCUGGCCAACGCCGCCUUCUUCCAGGGUGCAGCGCUUGAAUGUAGCUUUGGUCAAGAAGAGAUCUUUGAGGCUGUGUGGGUGAAUGAAUCAGCUGUAUGCUGCAACCAAGUGGUGCUGCACACAACCCAGGAGAGCCAGGUGUUUCCACUCAGCCUCCAACUAAAGGGGCGGCCAGCCCGAUUCCUGGACAGCCCUGGCCACGUGACAGUGGAGGUCUAUAACUGCGCCAUGGGCAGCCCCGACUGUUCCCAGUGCCUGGGCCGGGAGGACCUGGGCCACCUGUGUGUGUGGAGUGACGGCUGCCGCCUGCGGGGGACCCUGCAGCCCCUGCCUGACGCCUGCCCCGCCCCCGAGAUCCGAGCGAUUGAGCCCCUGAGUGGCCCCUUGGCUGGCGGGACCCUGCUGACCAUCCGCGGCAGGAACCUGGGCCGGCGGCUCAGCGACGUGGUCCGCGGAGUGUGGAUUGGCAGCGUGGCCUGUGAGCCGCUGGCCGACAGAUACACGGUGUCAGAGGAGAUCGUGUGUGCCACGGGGCCAGCCCCAGGGGCGUUCUCGGACGUGGUGACAGUGAACGCCUCCAAGGAGGGCAGGUCACGGGAGCGCUUCUCCUACGUGCUGCCCCUGGUUCACUCCCUGGAGCCCGCCAUGGGCCCCAAGGCAGGGGGCACCAGGAUCACCAUCCACGGGAGCGACCUCCAUGUGGGCUCCGAGCUGCAGGUCCUGGUGAAUGACACGGAGCCCUGCAUGGAGCUGGUGCGCACGGACACCAGCAUCACCUGCACGGUGCCCGGGGCUGCCCUGCCGGCCCCCGUGCCCGUGUGCGUGCGCUUCGAGCGCCGGGGCUGCGUGCGCGGCAACCUCACCUUCUGGUACAAGCGGAACCCGGUCAUCACGGCCAUCAGUCCCCGCCGCAGCCAUGUCAGUGGCGGCAGGACCAUCACGGUGGCCGGCGAGCGUUUCCACAUGGUGCAGAAGGUGUCCAUGGCCGUGCACCACAUCGGCCGGGAGCCCACGCUCUGCAAGGUUCUUAACUCCACCCUCAUCACCUGCCCAUCGCCCGGGGCCCUGAGCAACGCCUCAGCCCCUGUGGACUUCUUCCUCAACGGCCGGGCCUACGCAGACGAGGCAGCCGUGGACGAGGAGCUCCUGGACCCCGAAGAGGCCCAGCGGGGCAGCAGGUUCCGCCUGGACUACCUCCCUGACCCACAGUUCUCCACGGCGAAGAGGGAGAAGUGGAUCAAGCACCACCCCGGGGAGCCCCUCACGCUGGUCAUCCACAAGGAGCAGGACGGCCUGGGCCUCGAGAGCCACGAGUACCGGGUCAAGAUCGGCCAGGUGGCCUGUGACAUCCAGAUCGUCUCCGAGAGGGUCAUCCACUGCUCGGUCAACGAGUCCCUGGGCACAGCCGAGGGGCAGCUGCCCAUCACAAUCCAGGUAGGGAACUUCAACCAGACCAUCGCCACGCUGCAGCUGGGGGGCAGUGAGACCGCCAUCGUCGUGUCCAUCGUCAUCUGUAGUGUCCUGUUGCUGCUCUCCGUGGUUGCCCUGUUUGUCUUCUGCACCAAGAGCCGUCGCGCUGAGCGCUACUGGCAGAAGACACUGCUGCAGAUGGAGGAGAUGGAAUCCCAGAUCCGAGAGGAAAUCCGUAAAGGCUUUGCUGAGCUGCAGACGGACAUGACGGAUCUGACCAAGGAGCUGAACCGCAGUCAGGGCAUCCCCUUCCUGGAGUACAAGCACUUUGUGACCCGCACCUUCUUCCCUAAGUGCUCCUCCCUCUAUGAAGAGCGUUACGUCCUGCCCUCCCAGACCCUCAACUCCCCGGGCAGCUCCCUGGUGCAGGAGACCCACCCACUGCUGGGAGAGUGGAAGAUCCCCGAGAGCUGCCGGCCCAACAUGGAAGAGGGCAUCAGCCUGUUCUCCUCGCUGCUCAACAACAAGCACUUCCUCAUUGUCUUCGUCCACGCACUGGAGCAACAGAAGGACUUCGCAGUGCGGGACAGGUGCAGCCUGGCCUCCCUGAUGACCAUCGCGCUCCACGGCAAGCUCGAGUACUAUACGGGCAUCAUGAAGGAGCUGCUGGUGGACCUCAUCGACGCCUCGGCCGCCAAGAACCCCAAGCUCAUGCUGAGGCGCACGGAGUCCGUGGUCGAGAAGAUGCUCACCAACUGGAUGUCCAUCUGCAUGUACAGCUGCCUGAGGGAGACUGUGGGGGAGCCGUUCUUCCUGCUCCUGUGCGCCAUCAAGCAGCAGAUCAACAAGGGCUCCAUCGACGCCAUCACAGGCAAGGCCCGCUACACACUCAACGAGGAGUGGCUGCUGCGGGAGAACAUCGAGGCCAAGCCCCGGAAUCUGAACGUGUCCUUCCAGGGCUGCGGUAUGGACUCGCUGAGCGUGCGGGCCAUGGACACAGACACGCUGACGCAGGUUAAGGAGAAGAUCCUGGAAGCCUUCUGCAAGAACGUGCCCUACUCGCAGUGGCCGCGCGCCGAGGACGUCGACCUAGAGUGGUUCGCCUCGAGCACGCAGAGCUACAUCCUGCGGGACCUGGACGACACCUCGGUGGUCGAGGAUGGCCGCAAGAAGUUGAACACGCUGGCCCACUACAAGAUCCCUGAAGGUGCCUCCCUGGCCAUGAGCCUCACAGACAAGAAGGACAACACCCUGGGCCGAGUGAAAGACUUGGACACAGAGAAGUAUUUCCAUUUGGUGCUGCCCACGGAUGAGCUGGCAGAGCCCAAGAAGUCCCACCGGCAGAGCCACCGCAAGAAGGUGCUACCAGAGAUCUACCUGACCCGCCUGCUGUCCACCAAGGGCACGCUGCAGAAGUUUCUGGAUGACCUGUUCAAGGCCAUUCUGAGCAUCCGUGAAGACAAGCCCCCACUGGCUGUCAAGUACUUCUUUGACUUCCUGGAAGAGCAGGCAGAGAAGAGGGGGAUCUCAGACCCUGACACCCUACACAUCUGGAAGACCAACAGCCUUCCUCUCCGGUUCUGGGUGAACAUCCUGAAAAACCCACAGUUCGUCUUUGACAUCGAGAAGACGGACCACAUCGAUGCCUGCCUCUCAGUCAUCGCACAGGCCUUCAUCGACGCCUGUUCCAUCUCCGACCUGCAGCUGGGCAAGGACUCACCAACCAACAAGCUCCUCUACGCCAAGGAGAUUCCCGAGUACCGGAAAAUCGUGCAGCGCUACUACAAACAGAUCCAUGACAUGACUCCGCUCAGCGAGCAGGAAAUGAACGCGCACCUGGCGGAGGAGUCGCGGAAAUACCAGAAUGAGUUCAACACCAACGUGGCGAUGGCAGAGAUUUAUAAAUACGCCAAGAGGUAUCGCCCACAGAUCAUGAGCGCCCUGGAGGCAAACCCCACAGCCCGGAGGACGCAGCUGCAGCACAAGUUUGAGCAGGUGGUGGCCCUGAUGGAGGACAACAUCUACGAGUGCUACAGCGAGGCCUGAGCCUGGGGGCUGGCAGGACGGGCGCCCUCCCUCGACUUCUCUUUGUCCCCAGCGCCUCAGACUCGGGCUGGGAAACGACGCAGCACGAGGGGCCUCUCUGAGCCAGCCAGAGGAGCCCCCAGCCCUGGCCCCUUGGGCACCGUCCCCUCCCACUUGCCCCCAGACCCACCUCUGGGCUGGGGGCUCAAAUGCUGCAGCCGCUCCCCCGUAAGCCUCCCACCGUCCACCCAGCACAGCCUGGACGGCGUCCCACUCGCUCUGCCCGCACGGCCCAGCGCUAACGAACCCACCGAUGGGCGAAGAGGCCGCCCGGCCCUGAGGUCGCAGCUGGAAACACUACCUCAUCCUACCCGGUGGAGGGGAGGCCCCUUGAACCAGCCCUCAGCUGGUUUCCGCUUCAACCACCAAAAUGUUGUCCCCGUCUCUACUCACCUGCAGAGGACCCUGGCCACACGCCAUCCAGCAGUGUCAGAUUUCUGUGCUCGAGCGGCCACUGGCCGGGUGGGUGGCCUCCACUGCCUGCGGGAGGCUCUGUGCUGCCCUGGGAGCCAGGCGGGCAGGGGCUGAGGGGACAGGUGCUGGGCGAUCCUGGUCUCGAGGGAGGGGAGGGGGCUGAGUUGCACGGAGGCUGGAGCUGGGCUACUUGAUCUUGCUGGAAGUGUUUCUAAAGAGAGCACCACUUUUUGUCGUUGUUUUUUUAAAAAAAGCUUUUAUAUAUUAAAAAACUUAUCACGCGCCAACUGUGAAUAGCUGCCGCUAGUGCAGAGGACCCGGGGAGGGGUCCCGAGGGGCUCCCAGCGCAACACUGGAAAUGACUGUUCCAGGGGACAGGCAGACCCGGCAGAGACCCCUGCGCCCUGAGAACACCGUCCUUUCUGUUCCGUCAAAAGCGGCUGGCUGGGAGUGACCCAGCCAGUGCUGGGACAGGUCGCAGACCUUGGGGCUGGGCUGGAGGGGGAGGCUGGGGUGCUCUGGAACCUUCUUUAUAAUAAAAGCCUGAUGGGAAA